AUGAAUUAUUAUGUAGUAGAGCAUGUAUUAGAUCGACGCGUCCGCGAAGAUGACGGAGCGAUUGAAUACAAAAUUCAUUGGAAAGGUUAUGACAGUGAACAGGGAACGUGGGAGCCGCGCUCCAACUUGCUUGAAAGCUGCACUGAGGCCAUACAAAAAAUCGACCAAAGGCAAAUAGAAUACACGGAUAAAUGCAUUGAGGCAUGGCGUUGUGGAAACGGUUUGGUGGGGGACCCCGAUAUUCAGGCCACGAACCGCGAGGAAUCGAAAACCCGCAAGCGCGGCCGGUCGGUUGAACCGCACACAGGCCGAAAAGACGAUCUCGAGACAUUAUCCUGCCUGCUGUUGCGGUAUAAAUCCAACAAAGCGUCAUCCAUAUCGGCAAGCCCGGCCCGGCGUUUGGACAGUCCAAUGCCCGCACUUUCCCCCGGUCCCGACGCCUCCAUUAUUCUUCUUGGUGAGAUGAUCCUGACCGAGCAGACGGUUUCGCUUUUGUAUACGCGGCGAUACGCAAAAAAUAUGACCACCUCCCACCGCCGCCGCCGGAUGGAGGGCUUGCGGUAUUGCGCCCCCGCGCAGCACCUCGAGCGGGCCUGGAAGGAAAAGUUUGCGGUCAGUCUAAUGCACAGUUGUAUGGGCUGCGAUGCGAUUACGAAGCUGCAAGACAACUUCGCCUCGGCAACGUCUUCCGCGAUUACGCGGGAUGAGCGAGGGAGGGCGGGGGAUUUAGAGAUUCUGGGCAUCGCCCCCCCGGAGGUCACGCUGAGCGGCCACGUGUACGCCAAGCCGGUGACUUUUAUACCGUGGAUCGGGGAGGAGGAGGCCGAGCGACUGCGGCGCGAAAGCGUCGCGGGGUAUCCAGCCUUAACGGCUACCUCGCAGGAUUUGAUGAGGCCGCAUAGCGAGGGCACGGUGGUGCGCUACGCGAUUACGGAAAACGUUUCCGAAGUGAGGUCUAGAAGGAUGAACGCUAAAGAAAGAAGUAGCGACUCUAGCGAGGCUGGAGCCGAGGGGGACUGUGAAAGUAAAACCGGCACCCAAAAAACUCCACUUCGUGUGAUAUCAUCGAUGCCGCUGUCCGUAUUUCGCGUUGUGUUUCCGCAGCUGCUCAUUGAUUAUUUACUUGAGCACUCUGUCGUGUUGCAAGCCACUUAA